UCAGCUCCCAAGUCCACGCAACCGGGAGGUGGGGCCUGGUGGUGGUGGUAGUGGCCAGAGCACGGUGCAUCACCCUCACAGGAGCAGGGUGAAGGGACAGUGCAGACACCACUCUCUGCUCCUGCUCUGCUGAGGACAGGCUGGCCCUCGGUGGGUGUGCCACAAUGACCGUGAAGAAGACUCAGGCUCUGCAGGAUGGAAGUGGCAAGGAGAACGUGCUGCAGAGGGUGCUGCAGCUGCCCGUGGUGAGCUCGACGUGCCAGACGCUGCAGCGCAAGUACAGCAGCACCAAGGAGUCCCACCCGCUGAUGGCCUCGGUGUGCGAGGUGUACGAGCGGGGCGUGCAGGGCGCCGGCGCCCUGGCCAUGUGGGGCAUGGAGCCCGUGGUGCGCCGGCUGGAGCCGCAGUUCGCUGUGGCCAACAACCUGGCUUGCCGGGGCUUGGACCACCUAGAGGAGAAGAUCCCUGCUCUGCAGUACCCUGUUGACAAGCUUGCAUCUGAACUGAAGGACACCAUCUCCUGCCCCCUCCAAAGUGCCAAAAGCACCAUUGGCAACUCCAUGGAUAAGAUCAUCGAGCUGGCAGCGGAGGGCUAUGAGGCCACCAAGAGCACAGUGGAAACGACAGCCAAGUACACAAGGAAGAACUCAGUGACCCAGAUGGCAGCUGCAGGGGUCGACACAGCCCUGGGAGGGCUGGAGAAGCUGAUGGAAUACCUGUUGCCAGAGGAGGAUGAAGAAGCAGAUAAGAAGCCCAAAAAGAAACGUCUGUCAACACCAAAGGCGUCCCAGCAGCAACCCAGCACUACCACCACACCCAGCACUCCCAGUGCUCCCAGGGCUCCCAGUGCUCCCAGGGCAUACAGCACAUACAGCACUCCCAGCACUCCGUGUGCUCCCAGCGCUCCCAGCGCUCCCAGUGCUCCCAGUGCUCCCAGCACCCUGGGCCGGAUUGGCGCUUUGGUCAGCACUGUGUCCCACCGCGCUUACCAGCAAACCACCCAAAGCCUCCAGCGUGCCAAAACCAAAGGGCAGGAGCUGGCCUCCUGGAUCCCCAUCCUGGGAAGCCUGGCCAAGCCGAGUGCCCCUGCAGCCCCCCAGGCCCGCAGUGAUGGGCAGGGCAGCGCGGGCUGGCUGACCCGGCGCCACAGCAAGGCACCCGAGCAGAAGCAGGAGAAGGCAGGGAAGAAAGACACCAACCACGCCAAGGAGGGACAGGACCCCGGGCUCGUGGGCAGCGUGGCUCACAACCUGCAAACCGCCUGCGCCUCGAGCAUCUCCAGCGUGAAGAAGGUUCCAGCCGUGGCCUGGGAUGCAGCAGAGGGCUUGAUCCUCUUCACCCCCCGCAGGCUGUCCAGGGCCAUGGAGACUGUGGAUGCUCUCGGGGGGACCCUCGUCAGUGCCCCUAAGCAUCUGCUGGGCACCCUGUACAGCUACGUGCCGCUCCGCAGGCAGUCGGUGAAGGAAGAAGAAGCAUCCAGAGCCAGCAAGACCAACACGGAGAAGAAAGAGAAGAAGGAAGAGGAGGAGGAGACCAAGCCUGCUGCCCCCUCCACUGAGGAGAAAUCCCAGCUGAGGAACGACUGGCGGCUGUACCGUGGCCAUCACCCCCUGUCCUUCCUGGGGCUCGAGGACCCCCUGUUCCUGCGGCACAGCUACUACCGCAGCCCUGCCUUGGAGCCCGAGUACCCGUUCCCACGGAAAUCCGCCUUCUCCCCCUACAACAGGCGCGUGAGCGAGGGCUCCUACCGCUUCAGCCCCGAGUCCGUGUACAGCCGGGCCUACUAUGGCAACCUGUACAGUCCUGUCUACAAGAAGGACUGAGCCAGCGGGCGGGACAAGCACAUCCCAGCCCCUCUCAAAUCCCCUCAGCACGCUUUGCCUGGGCCCCUGCCGGCUUCCCACACACACCCCUGUUCCAGGACAGGAGCUCGAAGUGGUAGACAGGCCAUGGGAUAGCUUAUUCUGGAGUGCAUCAAGGCCAGGAAGGGGGAAGAAAGGCAACUAGAAGCCCUGCUGCUAGAAGGAAAAGGUUGGGGAAGGUGGGACUAGGAAGGUGAAGGAGAUGAGGAAAGAGCAGUGAGACUGGAAAAAGUGAUCACCCAGGGCUGGCACUGGGCUACCUUGGACCCUGCUCAGCAGACAGGGUGAACUUAGAUGGGCUACACACUGAGAGAGAGAGGGGAGGAUGGAAAAGCUGUCAAAUAUCGCCAUCGCAAGCCUACUUCCCCAUCCUUCCUCCCUCCAUCCCCCCUUGCAGGGCACAUCCCUAGGCACAGAUUGCUCCUCCAUGGAGGGGCUGAGAAUCCCCACCAACCAGCAGGAUUCAUGAGUGGGAAAGCCCUGGGCACUUCUCUCCCAGCUGGUGGUGGGAUGGAUGUUGGGGUCAGGAAAAGGAACAGGUGGAGCUCCUGGAGCCCCUCUCCCACAGGAUCACCUGGCUUCCCACAACACCUUGUUGCAUCUGCUGCAAUAAUAAACCUGCAAUAAUAAACCACCGGCCACUCA